AAUUCAUCGGUUCUCCUGGCCACGUGGGGCGAUCGCGGGGCCUGCGGCGGAGCUCCAUCGGCUGGAAGCAUGGCGCAGCUUCAGGCUCGCUUCUUCACCGACGACCCCAAGUACAUAGUGGAUGAUGUUCCUUUCUCUGUCCCAGCUGCUUCUGAAGUUGCUGACCUCAGUAACGUUAUCAACAAAUUGUUGGAAGCUAAAAAUGAGGGCCAUAAAUAUGUGGAGUUUGACUUCCUGGUCAAGGGACAGUUCUUGCGUAUGCCCCUGGUUAAGCACAUGGAAGUGGAGAAUAUCUCAACAGAAGACGUAGUAGAAAUCGAGUAUGUAGAGAAGUACACAGCACCGCAGCCAGAAGAAUGCAUGCUACAUGAUGAUUGGAUCAGUUCUAUUGAAGCUACAGAGGAAUGGAUCUUGUCUGGGUCCUAUGAUCAAACUUCUCGGAUCUGGUCAGUGGAAGGCAAACCGAUCAUGACGCUUGCUGGACACACAGAAGUGGUGAAAGAUGUGGCCUGGGUAAAAAAGGACAGCUUGUCAUGCCUGCUACUCAGUGCUUCUAUGGACCAGACUAUCUUGCUGUGGGAGUGGAACGUGGAAAAGAACAAAACAAAGGCCCUUCACUGCUGUAGAGGACAUGCCGGAAGUGUGGAAUCAGUGGCUGUGGAUAGCUCAAGAACAAAGUUUUGCAGUGGAUCCUGGGAUAAAAUGCUAAAGCUCUGGUCUGCAGUGCCUACGGAUGAAGAGGAUGAAAUGGAAACAGAGGAAGUCACAAACAGACCAAGGAAAAAGCAGAAAACAGAGCAAAUGGGACUAACAAGAACUCCUAUUACAACCCUCUCUGGUCAUACAGAAUCGGUUUCUUCUGUACUUUGGUCAGAUGCAGAUGAAAUAUGCAGUGCUUCAUGGGACCACACAAUUAGGAUAUGGGAUGUUGAAACAGGAGGCCUUAAAUCCACUUUGACUGGAAACAAAGUCUUUAACUCUAUUUCCUACUCGCCACUGUGUCAGCGUCUAGCCUCUGGAAGCACUGACAGACACAUUCGUUUAUGGGAUCCUCGGACCAAAGAUGGCUCCUUGGUCCUCCUUUCCCUGACCUCGCAUACUGGUUGGGUGACAUCCGUGAAGUGGUCGCCGACCCACGAGCAACAGCUCAUCUCGGGUUCUUUAGACAACGUUGUCAAACUCUGGGACACGAGAAGUUGCAAGGCUCCUCUCUAUGACUUGGCAGCUCAUGAAGACAAAGUCUUGUGCGUCGAAUGGACAGAAGCAGGGUUGCUUUUGAGUGGUGGCGCUGACAACAAGCUAUAUUCCUACAGAUACCAAGCAACCACCUCUGAUGUUGGGGCAUGAAAGCUAAUCAGAAGAUGAGCCAACAGAGAACUUUUCUCCUGCUAGACAAUAUUGCAGCUUUUUGUACCACAGCUGUAGAAAAUGUGCUGUUUUACAGACUUAGAAAUCAUGUAUUUAAUCAAGAAUUCACACAAGUGGAACUGUGCUCCCAAAGGUUUCUGCUGGAGGAAUAGCUAGACCUGAUUUUUGUUGAUUUCUCCUUCACUUUAAAUUGUUCCUCAGGAGGACUGAUGGGCCCUCUGGAACAAUGCGGUAGGGAGAGCUUGCAAGAAAAAUCAGCGUAAAUCCUUCCUUUUCUACAUACUCCUGUUCCACCUCAGUCUCUUCUCUAAACAGAAUGCAGUCUUGAAGGAAAGGACACUAUAACACAAAAUGUGUGCAUAUGCUUUUGUGCAUAUGCCUAUGUGUGUGGGAGGUAGGGUGAUUGUAUUUGAAGCCCCUGUCCUAUCAUAACCAUAAGAGGAAAAUACAAGACAGUAGCUUGAUGCAUGUUUGUGCUCUGCAGUAUUUAAAUAUUGUGUAAAAGUUUAUUAAAACAUUUUUAUUUUGUCCA